AUGGAGAGCCACGCCUACAGCUCUAUCGUCGGCAAAUACAACAAAAGUGAAAAGAAGAAAUUUGUCAUCUCGUCAUGUAAAACCUUGAUGGAGUUUAAGAAUGGCCAUCGGGGGAAGCAGAAAGGGGGGAAAUCAGCCAAUCAGAAAAGACCGCAAAGUAGAAACAAUUUUUACCUGAACAAAAUAACGCACAUACAGAAUGGAAAAAGAAAAAUAUGCGAUAGAAAGGAAAUGACAGAAAUUUUGCAAGUCAACAGAAUAAGCAAUAGCUACCUAAGACACAUUUUGCCCAAACAGGGUCUCCAUUAUUUGUACACAUACCAGUAUGCUUUGAUUGAGCUGCUAAAUCGGAGCAAUAAUAUCUUAAUCAGUUUGCUCUACUCUGAUUGCAUGGUAUCGUACGUGGUUUAUUCAUUUUACAAAAUAAAUGCCGCUAAUAUGGAUGUACAAGAGGGAGUAGCAACGACUAACGGGAAGGGAGAAAAAACCUUUUCGCUAGAAGAUAAGACAAAGAAGAGGCGAAAAAAAAAUAAUUCUGUAUGCCCAGACAAGUCCGUGCUCAUCGUGGCCUCAUCACAGGCACAAACGUCCGCUCUGCAUGAAACGAUAAUAAAAUUGAAACCUCCAGAUGUGUCAACCUACUUAAUAAAUAACGAAGGGAACAUUCAAACGGUGCGAUGCAAUUAUUUUCUGUACAAUAUAAUCAUUCUGAAUGCAGAAAGCUUCCCCCCCACAUACGACUUCUCCGUUUUGCUAGACCUUUCGAACUUCAUCAUAAUUGAUGAUUUGAGCGAGCUGUAUCAGUUAAAAAUGGACUGUACCGUGAAAAGGAUUUUAACACUCUGUAAGGAAAAGCAAGAUAGGGGGGACGCGCUGCAGAUUUUGCUAGUAAAUAAAUCGCAUGACCAAUGGGUCGUGAAUGACUUGUUGCAGCAUGCUCGGAAUGUAAAGUAUGAGAUUCUUGCGGAGGGCGACGGGUGUGGGGUCUACCCGAUUGACCCGAUUGACAGCGUUGACGCAGGUAGGACGUUUAACCAGCGUACCUCUGGGAGUGCUUUGCACGACGACGAGCAGGGGAGAUACCCCCUAGGGAAUAAGCCACACAGCCCUGGUAGAAACACCCCAGAAGCUGGUGCCCCACGAUGGGGAAAACCUCUCCACUACGUCAACCUACGGAGGUACAGGAAGAACAACUGCGAUCAUUUCAGCAUUUGCGCCCCUAUGAGUGAAGACAAAAAAUUCCUAGUUCUGUUUUACCUUCUAAACAAGAAAAAAGGUAAAAAGAUCAUAAUUUAUUACAAUAAGAGUGACGUGUACGCGUUUUAUGGAUUUGUCAAUGCGUACAUUCCUUGCGUGUUCGUAUCCAGUUCGAACAAAGUUGACUACAAGAAUAGCAUAGUGAGAACCUUCAACAAGACGGGAGAAUAUGUGCUAAUCACGGACGACAUGAGCAUAAAGAAGGCUUACCCCGUGGAUGCUCAUGUGCAUAUACACUACACUUUCCAAGAGAGCCCUAAUUUGUACGUGGACGCGUUAUUCGAGGGGGUUCCGGGCGAGGCCCAGGGCGCUGCAGGUAGCGCUGUUGGAGUUAGCGAUGUUGCCGUUAGCGCCGUUGUUGGAAGUUAUCACUCCCCAGACGCUUCCCUCGUUGCGGUGACCCAGUCCAUCCUGUUCUACAGCAAAAAGCAGCGCAAGCAAUACGAAGAAAUCAACGCGAUUUUUAACUUCAAGAGCUACCCCCUACCGCCCGCCAAAGAGCUAAAAGAUAAUUUCCUCACCUUUCUGAUUGACGAAAUUAAGGAGGUCGUUAUUGAAGACAGUAAACACCUGGAAGAAGCCAAAAAAAUUCAUGAGAAAUAUGGGCACGCCUUCCUCUCCGCAGCGUUAUAUUAUAUACAAAAAAAAAAACUGUUUAAAAAAAAUUUAAAAAAAAAAGAUUUUUCCAAUGUGACUUUCAUUGUAGAGCGAAGCACGCAGUUGAACACUAAGGAGAGAGUUUUCAUUUUUUUAAACGAUUUGUUGAAUUUAAAAAAAAAUGUUGGAGACAUCAAAUUUUUUGUUCAAAAUUAUGUGUACUGCAAAAGGGGAUAUAUCAUGACCGUACCCGAGGACAUAUACAACGUGAUGCACAAGAAUAAAAGUACCGGCGUGAAUGCCGGGAGGUGGGCAGACGUGCACAUGUACAUUCUGUACAAUAACUAUGAAAAUCGUUUAAGAGCUACGCGCCUCAGGAGGGGAGUAUACAAGUCGAAGAAGUCGCUCAGGAGACUCAAAAAACGAGUGAACAUGAAGAUGGAACGAGUCGAAAUGAACAAACUGAAGAGCUGGAUGUCUUCCACGUUUAAGUUAAACAGGAGGAACGUAAAAAGGGACGCCUCAUCGGGGGUGACCGCGGGUCAGCCGACUUGA